AGUCCUUGGUAACUUGUUCUCUGUGAAAUACAUCAUGACAUACUUUUAAUAUAAAUUUAUUACCUCAUAAUCUGACAAUCUGACUACCUGUUGCACUGUCAAACAUGUUUCGGUUUAUUCAAAAAACUCCAAGAAAAUUUUGCUCCAGCUCCCAAGUUUUUGUUCUCCAGAACAUUUACGCUACCAAACCAUCGAUUCGUAACCAAAUCAAGACGGACGACUUCAAAUCCUAUGAAAAUCUGGGAAAGGUGAAAAAGUUCGUUUUCCGGGAGCUGCACGCGGGCGAAACCGUACGUCAGGAUUUCAUAAAACUGCAAGGCCUAGGGCCAAUACCGUCUAUCGAUGAAGGUGCUAAAAUUGGUGACUACAAGAACCCAGAGUACUAUUCCUAUCACAACUACUCGUACUACGACUUCGAGCUGGGUAUCCAGUGCAUGCACCUCCCUCAACCAAGUUCCAUUGCCGAAGAAGAUUUGCUGACGAUGAUGCGAAAGAACUGCAUUGGCGAAGAGGAGGAUCACUCUGGACGAUGCUGUCCACCGCCCAGAUGCUCUGUUGAGUGCAUGAAAGAAAGCGCUACGGACGGAGAGGACGGAGGUGCACCAGGAGCUACAUCGAAAAAAGAAAAAGGCCCGUGUUAUCAAUCCAACAUAGAAACAACCAUUGGACACUGUACAACAGCGGAAGCUGAGGUUAAAAAACCACGUGACGAAAAUGAGUCCUCCAAGGAGCCCGGACCUGUAUGUGGAAAAUCUAAAACAGAAGAUACCAAAUCCGUUUCGUGUGGAAAGUCUGACACUUAAAUAUUAGAUUAUACAUCAAAUAUAUUUCGA